UCCCCCUCAUCCCGGCGGCGGCGGAUUCCCCACCUGAACCUCCGUCCACCGUCUUCACCCCGGCGGCCAUCAAUCUCUCCGACGGGUCCACCCUAGCGCCGCAGCUCCGCGUCACCGCCGACAGCUCAUCCCCUCCGCGCCUCGCGCGCGUGGACGCCACCGCCGUCCCCGUUCUACCCCGCCGCGCCGCCCCUGCUCGGUGGGGCCGUCGAGAUCCGCCGCCCCUGGCCGGCCUCGGACCGGAUGGACCUCUCCGUCACGCUGGCCCUGAGCUCCCCCACGGAGCACGGGGAGCAGCUAAGGAGGCGCCAGCACUCGUUAUCGGAACUGACUUAUUCAAGAGACGACGACGCGAAACUCGAGACCACGCGUGCACGGCUGUUGGGUGUUCUCAAAAGGCAUGAAGAUCUGAAAGAGCGCCUCUCGCGGGAUUCUGAUAAGCUGAUUUUUGAGCGUCUACAGAAAGAAUUUGAGGCUGCACGAGUUGCACAAACCGAAGAGAUAUCAAUAGAUGAUGAGCAGUGGAAUGAUGGUUUGCUGGCAACUAUCCGUGAGAAGGUCCAUAUAGAGGCUGAAAGGAAGGCGAUGGUCAACCCAGGAAAUGUUCCUACAGAUUCUGAAUUUCAAUCAAGGACGACUUACAGAAUCAGAAAUAAGGUUAUCUACUGUUUGGAUGGUGCCAGAAUUGGUAUACAGUAUGAGACAUUCUUUGCUGGAGAGCCCUGUGAAAUUUAUCACUGUGUUUUGGAGAGCAAGUCAUUCCUUGAGAAGAUGACUGUGAUUCAACACACCUUACCUUUCUUUCUGCCGAUUCGAGAAGUAGAAACUGAGCACCUGUCAUCUAACGCCAUUAAGUUUAUUGAUCAUCUUGAAGAAAUUUUGCAGUCGUAUAUUGACAGGAGAGAACAGGUUCGUCUUAUCAAGGAGCUCUAUGGCAACCAAAUCGGAGAAUUGUUCCACAGUCUUCCAUAUACCUUGAUAGAGUUUACACUGGAAGAUUUCGAAUGCAAGGUUACAGUGAGUAUCCGAUAUUCAGAUCUAAUCUUGACCCUGCCUAGUCAGGCGAGGGUCUUGGCUUGGCCGCUUCGCUCUGCAAAGAGAAUAUCCACAGCAGACCGCCGUGCUCAACCUGUACCAUCUCGCCUCUCCUAUGCCGAGAAUGCGCUGAAGACCUUGAGUUUGCCAGAAGCAUACGCGGAGAUUGUCCUGGAGUUACCCCGCGCUCUGAAGCAGAUGUUCUAUUCUCAGGAAAGCGACUGAAGCGACGCGUGCAUGUAGAUAAUUUAUUUAACCUUACGGAUGUGGGACUGUGGGUACCCAAUAUUUGACAGCAGAGUAAUUUAGUAGUUUGAUUCUUCCCUCGGUGUCUAUCGUUGACACUGCCUAAUGGUCGCCCUCCCUGAAAGUUUGGGCUAUGUUGCCUUGCAAAAUUUUCACUAUCAUUUCUGCAUACCAUGCCUGUACUCCGGUCCGAUCUGGGAAGCGCCCAUUUUUGCCAUCCUGUUAGGCUUACUGCUUUUGCGGACAUGCCUGUUUGAAGCAGCGUUUAUUUCUUGUGGUA